AUGCAAAAUCAAAAACGUGCCAGCUAUUGUCCUGCCGUUCGUUCAGAAUUGAACUUUAGAAAUAGUUAUCCCGGAACUUUUAAUGCAAAUCGACUUUCUCUUAAUAUCUUUUCAAAUAAAAAACCUCAAGUUGAUGAAAAAAUUAAGGUGAAUUAUCGACGGCUUUCGAAUACUUCGAAUACUUCAAAUACGUCAGAUACGUCAAAUACAUCUUUGUCAUCUCUUGAUUCCGGCGUAGGAUUCUCCAAGGCUGAUUAUGAAAUACAAAGAGCGUUAAGAGCUCAGAGAGUACAACGACCUCAUAUAAUUGUACUUCACAAGGGAAAACCGAUCUCCAAUUCAAAGAAAAAUUUUAAUAACUACGAUGAAUUCGAGGCAAACCUCGUCGUAGCCGCUGCCACUGCGUCAAAACGAAACCGUCGAGAAAUUUCUGUCAUGCAAAAACGUCAAACAAUAGAUUUCAGUGCGGACAUUACAAGCGCCGGAAAAUUGGAUCAUCUCCAAGGUUUCAAAAGUUGCAGUGCACCUAAUUUAACCAUCAUGGAAUCACCACAAAAGAUUUGUCAAGAUGAGGAACUGGUAAAAGUUGUCAAACAAGAUAAAAAACCAAAGAGACAUUCGAUCAUGCCUAAACAUAAAUUAUCAUUUAAGGCUCUUUCUUUGACGAUAAAGAAAUUUAUGGGGAUCAAAACCGAGACAAAGAAGCGAAGUCAAUUAAUUCAACAAAUCCGCGAAAAUCAAUUUUUUUAA